AUGAAUGAGAGAGGAUGUGGACCUCAGCUGAAGGACAAUAUUCCAGUUACUGAACUUUCAGCAAGUGGACCUUUGGAAAAUCAUGAUCUUCUUCGGAAAGGUUUUUCUUGUGUGAAAAAUGAAUUUUUGCCCAGUCAUCCUCUUGAAUUAUCAGAAAAAAAUUUCCAGCUCAACCAAGAUAAAAUGAAUUUUUCCACACUGAGAAACAGCCACGGUCUGUUUCCUCCACUAAAAUUACAAAUGGAAUUCAAGGCAAUACAGCAGGUUCAGCGUCUUCCAUUUCUUUCAAGCUCAAACCUUUCACUGGAUAUUUUGAGGCAUAAUGAUGAGACUAUUAGAUUUGAAGAUAUUAACAAUCCAUCACAAAGUGAACUAAUGGGAGAACCACACUUAAUCGUGGAAUAUAAACUUGGUUUACUGUAA